AUGUCUAAAAUGGGAGAAACAGCAACAAGUGACCUUACUAAUUCUUUUGCUCCUCCUGCGCUCCCCGCUCUUGUAAAGUACCCUUCGUCAAUUGAAAGUGUCAAUUCGUCGUCGGUUGCUACCCCGUCUUCGAACGACGAACCUUUCUUUUAUGAUCUUACUGAGGAACCAAUGGAGAUAAUGGAAAUGGAAGACGGAAAAGGUGAAACAAGUGUAUCAGCGGGAGGGGUAGCUGCGUGUAUGACUGGUAAAAACAAGGAAAAUCUUAAAACACUUAAAGAGGAGGCAUUCGCCAGCUAUGAUGAAAUAGUCAAUCAAGGCCGUGUUCAACGCUUGAACUUCCUCAUCGAGAAAUCAUCAUUAUAUGCAAAUUUCCUCGCGCAAAAGAUGGAAGCACAGAAACAAGCGUUGCUGGAACAGGCUGCCGAACAGGAACGAAGACGUGUUGCUAAAGAAUUGAAGUCCCAAAAAGCUGCCGCUGCCGCUGUUGGUGAUGGUCCAAGUUGUCGUACCAGAAGCGGUGGUGCUGGUGGGAACAAACAAGCUGAAGCUUCUUCCAGCAAGGCAACUACUAAAGCUGGUACUAAACGUAAAGCUAAUCCAACAACCGAGGCAAAUUACUAUCUUGGUGAUUACGUCAAUAGUGAAGAUUUGGCAAAACGGCGAAAACAUGAUGAUCCUAAUACGUCAUCUGACGAGAGUGAAGCCAUUACGCGUAAUAUUAAACCUACUCCAUCUAUUCGACAACCAAAACUUGUCACCGGUGGUAUACUACGUGAUUACCAGUUGGCAGGCUUUGAAUGGUUGGUCAGUUUAUACGAUAAUGGAUUAAACGGUAUCUUGGGAGACGAGAUGGGAUUGGGCAAGACUCUUCAAACAAUCGCGUUCUUUGCAUUUUUGUGGGAACGUAAAAUCUAUGGUCCAUUUCUGGUCGUCGCGCCGGUUUCCACUCUCGCAAAUUGGGUUAGUGAGUUCAAUCGAUUCACACCUACUUUACCUGUUGCACUAUACCACGGCUCGCCUGAGUGCCGUGCUCAUCUUCGUAAUACUCGUAUGAUAAAAGGAAAAGUAGAUAAAGUAGAUGCAAAGUUCCCUAUCGUGGUUACUAGUUAUGAGAUUGCUAUGAGAGAUCGCAAGUAUUUACAGAAACUUAAUUGGAAAUACUUAGUUAUAGACGAAGGCCAUCGAAUCAAGAAUUACAAUUGUAAAUUAUUGAAAGAGCUCAGAUUGUAUAGUUCGGCAAAUAGAUUGUUGUUAACCGGAACUCCGCUGCAGAAUAACUUGGGCGAGCUUUGGAGCUUACUUAACUUCUUAUUACCUGAUAUAUUCGACGACUGGGAUACUUUUCAGAAAUGGUAUCAUCGUUGUGGUCUAUGUGCUAUACGCGAUGCGUUCGACUUCUCUGCGUUAAACGAAAAGAAUGGUGAGAAGAAAAUCCUUGAAGAGGAGGAGCAGCACCUGCUCAUCACGAAUCUGCACAAAAUUCUUAAACCGUUCUUGUUGCGCCGUGUUAAAAGCGAUGUCAAAGUGAAGGCGGACACCGCUCAAAGUAAUGACGCGGAUAAAAAAGCAUACUCUGUUACUUUGAAUCGAAAAGCACGAAAGGUGGACCGUGUAAAUUACAAAGAAGAUAUUGGCGAUGAUGAAUACUUUGAAUUAUUGGAGAAGAAAGCGUUGGAAGCGGAAGAAAACACAAAAACUCCCCAAAAUACCAAUGAUCCCGAAUAUGCUCAACUUCUAGCUACCAAAAAAGUUAAUGCCAUGAAACUUCAAAACACCAUCAUGCAACUCCGCAAAGUAUGCAACCAUCCAUACCUCUUCAACUGGCCCAUCAAUCCAACCACCAAAGAGCCGAUAGUCUCCGAAGACUUGGUACAUGCCUCGGGAAAGAUAAUGCUUCUCGACCGACUGUUAACCGCGUUGCUUGAACGUCAACAUAAAGUGCUCAUUUUUUCACAGUUCACCACAAUGUUGGAUAUUAUCGAGGAUUGGAUCACUAUUAUAAAAGGUUGGGAGAUUUGUCGGUUAGAUGGUGGGGUGAGUCAAGAGGAGCGUAGGCGUCAGAUCCAAGAAUUUAAUACAAAACCUGAAAAGAAAGUCUUUAUUUUGUCGACUCGAGCAGGUGGCUUGGGGAUUAAUUUAACAUCUGCUGAUACUGUUAUCAUCUUUGAUAGUGACUGGAACCCUCAAAUGGACUUGCAAGCUCAAGACCGCGUCCAUCGAAUCGGCCAAUCCAAACCCGUCAUCAUUUACCGUCUCGUCACUUCCAACACUGUCGAGAGCAAAAUUCUCGAAAAAGCCUCUGCGAAACGUAAGCUCGAAAAACUCGUAAUCCACAAGGGCAAAUUCAAGUCGCCCUCGCAAGUGCAUGAAGCCACCGCAAGCUUAGCUGAGUUAGCCGAGAUGUUAAACGCUAACGAUAACGAAGUUAUACAGUGCGUAGAGAAGGGCGAUCUUGUGAUUCCCGACGACGAGUUGGAACGGAUUCUGGAUCGAAGUGAUAAGGCGUUUGAGAAGGCUGAGAAUGAGGUCGAUUCGCAGGAGGGUGCUACAUUCAAGGUUAUUAGAGAGAAGAAAGAGUGUGAAGAGUGUGAGGAUACUUUGGCGGAAAUGUGUAUUUAA